AUGGCGGACGAGCCGUGCUCUUUCGGACGCCCCGAAAGGGAAGAACAAAGUGCCGAUGAGGCUGUGAGUUUGAUCGACACCGUAGAAGACCCUCUGUUGGACUGGGUGGGCGCCGAGCCUAGAGGAAUCGCCUCGGUCUAUAGUCGGCGUAGCCGAAGGCCAUACGAUAUCCUUGAGGCGAGCAACGACCAGCCUGAUUUUCAAAAGAAUUUCGUCGUUACACGACCGACCUCCACUGCUCGGAUUUGCUCGGUGUUCCCCGAGUACAAUUUCCCCAUGUACGAAAUCGCAUUCAAAGACCUUGGGCUGCAGCUGCCCUUCAGCGACUUUCAGGCCGGGGUCUUUGCCCAUUUGGGGUUGGCCCCGUCGCAGCUACACCCGAACUCGCUCGCCUUUAUCCGGGCGUUUGAGCUGACCUGUCGUUUUCUGAGGAUCGGGGCGACUAUACCCCUCUUUUUCAGAAUCUUCCAUCUGCAGCGCCAGUCCCGGGGAGGAAAGCACAGCUGGGUCUCCCUGAAGCAGUCGAAGAGACUAUUCAAGAUGUAUAUGGACUCCGUGCGGGGUUUUAAAGACAAGUGGUAUGUCGUGAGGCCGGUUACCACAGCCGCUUUAGAGUCCAUAUACGAGGAUGAAGCGCCGGUAAGCGACGAUGACGGGGAGGCACUUUUAGACAACGACGGGUAUCCGGUGUUGGGACGCACGACCAAGUUCCCCGUGCAUUGGAUUUCUAGGCAUUACGAGCACGGAACUGGGUAUUAUCAUACUUCUGCGGGCGACAUGGGUUCCGAGGAUGAAAAAGCUUAUGACACUCUUUGUCGGUACGUUGAUAGCUUCCACCCCGCCAGGUGGGCUACGAGGGAAGGGGAAGAUGUCCUGGACGAGGAGGAUUAUCCGACAUUCGAGGCCCGACCGAUCGAUACCAAGGCGCUCGUGGAGUGUCAGACGUUCAGGCAGGCUGCUCGUCUGCUAGGUCGUUUAUUACUUGAAUUUCUUUGCUCGUCAUUUGUCUGUUUAUUUGCUCGACACUAA